AUGACUGCUUCAUACGCACCUCCCUUUGCGCUCGUCACUGGCUGCAACAGUGGCAUUGGCGAGCAGCUUGCCAUUGCCCUCGCCAAGAACAACUUUACAGUAUUCGCCACAGCCAGACGUGUUGAGUCUUUAGACAAUCUAACAAGACAAUAUGCAAACAUCAUUGCACUACCUCUAGAGCUCAGCAACUCUACAAGUCUCGAAAGUCUUAGGGACUCGGUCACCAAAUACACUGGAGGACGACUAGACAUACUCGUCAACAAUGCGGGGAUGCACUACGCAGCACCAGCAACGGAUAUCAACGUCAACGAAGUCACGAAGCUAUUCGCAGUCAAUGUUAUAGCCGUUAUGCACAUAUGUCAGCUCUUUGUUCCACUGUUGCGAAAGGCCCCUCGACCACGCAUUGUCCAGAUCGGAAGUGUCACUCGCGAUGUUCCCGUUGUAUGUCAGUCGGUGUACAACGCCUCCAAGGCUGCUCUCAGCCAGUAUACCAAAACUCUUCGUGUGGAAUUGAGGCCCCUGUCUAUCGAAGUCAUUGAGGUUGUGACUGGGUAUGUCCGCAGCAACAUCCUUAGAGAUGGCGUUCUCAUCUCCGAAGACUCGCUGUACCGACCCAUCAAGGCUAUUGUUGAGGCUGUUAAGAAUGGAGGAAACAGGACCGGCAUGCCCGCAGACGAAUAUGCUCGUGUUGUUGUACGCCAAAUCCUUGGCAAAACAUAUAAGCGAGAGAUAUGGGAAGGUCAUCGGUCGCGUAUAUUACGCUUUAUGGUGACUUUUUUCCCGUUAUGGUUAUUGGAGUUUACACUUUUCAUGUCCUUCAAGUUACAUCUUGUAUCAGAUACCAAGCUAAAAAGCAACUAG